GGCGGUAUGCGCCUUUAAAUUGCUCUAUAACGCGCCAUUAAAAGCGACGUCAUCAAAGUCCGACAGCGUCUCACGAGAUGUGGUUCUACUUGAAGUUGAUAAGGAUGCAUCACCUCAUCUUUGAUUAAGUAUUACGAAUGGAAGGAGAAACGCUACCGUUACAGGAGCAGCGUUGUUGUGAUGAUGGGCUGUCCCAAACAAACGAAUCCCUGAUCCCUGAUUUAUAUGACUUUCUGCGUAUCGAUGUGGAGCUCGAACCUGUUGGUAACGACAGAGAGGAAAACGCGUGUUCUAAAAAUGUCAUGCGAAAGCAGCGUAAUUGGGAGAGAAGAGUGGAGGCGAAUAAAAGCAAAAGAAAAGAGGAGAAGCAGAGAAAGAAGCUCAACAGUCGAAAUAAAGAUAUUAAUGGAACGCAGCUUAGCAAGCGUGUCAUGAAAGCGAUUACAAAAGAGAGACUGGAGGAUGCCAGAGAAGCAGGACUGGUUUUGUGCGUGGACCUCAGCAUGACUGAUCACAUGUCACAUAAAGAAAUCAGCCGCCUUGCAGGUCAGAUUAGGCGCCUUUAUGGAUCAAAUAAAAAAGCUUUGCAGCCAUUCCACAUUUUCCUGACAGAAUUGAAGAGGGACAGUCUGCUGUAUAAAGAAUGUGUUAGGAUGAAUGACGGCUUCCUGAAUUAUUUGAUUGAUGUGACAGAUGAGACAUGGUUUCAUCUGUUCCCCUCUGAGGAUGUGAUAUAUUUAACCCCAGACGCAAGUAAAGCAUUAGAACGUGUGGAUGAAGAUAAAGUGUAUAUCCUUGGUGGUUUAGUGGAUGAAAGCAUACAAAAGAAAAUAAGUUACAAAAGAGCGAAAGAGCUUGGAGUCCGCACAAUGAGACUGCCUAUUGAUGAAUACAUGGUGAAGAAAUCCAAUCCCAAAAACUUCUACUCCAAAAUUUUGGCAAUCAACCAAGUGUUUGAAAUCUUGCUGGCUUUUUGUGAGACCAAAGAUUGGACUACAGCUCUUGCUUCUGGUAUCCCACCUGGAAAGGGUUACGUGGUGACUUCACUAAUGUCCUCAGAGGUUGGACAAUGAUUUCCUGCUGCUCUGGAGGGCCAAUCAGGGACAUUCUUUGGUCAGCCAGAGUUUGAGGCCAUGACCGAUGCAAAGUUAAUAUGUUUGCACAUUAUAUUGAUUACAUCCUCACCAUAACCGUAUGACAGUAUGCCUGCCGUGUUUGUCAGGGUAGAGGUGUAUUUUGAACUGUUAAUAUUUGAAAGAUUUUGCUGUAUCUUUUGUGUAUCAUUUUUACUUGAUUCUCAGGAAAAGUUUACAUAACAAAUGUUGAGUUAAUAGAUAUUUUGUGAGCGUUAAAGAAAGCUAUUGAAUCAUGACACUGAUAUUCUAAUGCCUUUUCUUUUUGUCAAAAUACGAACAACGCAGUAAAAGUCAUCACAUUCAUUAAGGGAAAAUUGUCUUUGAUCAAGCAACCCAAUAUUUAAAAGAAUCAUAUGACUUUUGAAAUUGAAUGAUCUUUUUGUCUAUGUUAUUUAUUUUGAAUGAAAACUAUGCAGUUUUGCCUUUUUGCAGACCAGUAUUACAAAAAUGAAGUACAGAGAGAGAAGUUACAGUAAAGACAGUUGUCUAUAAAACAAAUGAAAUCAGAGAACAAGAAAUAUAUUAAAUCUGAAGGAUUUGCAAUAUUCUAUACUACCAAAUUUUCUUUAUAAUAUAUGUAUCAUUGAUAUUAUUUGUAUAAAGUUGUUUUCAGUAGGAUUGUUAUCGGACCAUUACAUUGAUAGUGCUAUUCAGCAUGUUUCAUUUUAUAAUGACAAUAAAAAGCAGGCAUGUGA